AUGGCGACGGAGAUGGGAUCAAAACUCGAGAACGUUUUGGACCGAAUUUGUAAUGUUUUACAAGAUUUACAUGAAACGCAACGAAAUUCCACGGGAACAGGAAAUGCAAUUCCAAAACGGAAGGUACAUUUUCACUCCUACGAUGAGACAAACGAAACGAUGGAAAACUUUAUCGAUCGAUUAGAAAACUAUUUAGAAAGAAAAGAAAUCGCAGAGGAUAAGGAAAAGGUGGGAAUGCUGCUUGAACUUAUUCCGCCGUCAGUAUUCCAAACGCUCACAAAUUUGACAGUUCCGGAAAAGCCAAAGGCAAAAACCUACGACGUAUUAAUUAACUUGUUGAGGACACAUUUGAGCCCGAAGCCGAACGUAUUUGCACAGCAACAUCGCUUCGCAGUGCGAAUACAGAAUGAGAGUACCGAUUGUGGAAAAUCGACCAUCGAGACACAUUUGCGGACACAAUUUAUUCGUGGAUUACGUGACGACGAUAUUCGGCAGGAGUUGUUGCGUCUAAAAGAGGACACAAAGUUCGACGAAAUUGUACGGGAGGCGACAGCGAUUAACACAUCAAAAAUUGAAAGCAGAGAAAUCCAGAGAAGCCAGCAAACCCAUAAUAGUGAGCCUGUUAAUGCAGUGAAGGAGCAACGAACAUGGAAAGCGUACGGAGGCCGACAAAAAGUUAACCCGACAUCGUCGAAAGAAACUACAAGAUUUGACUUCACGGGAAAAUGUUACAGAUGCGGCCACGAAGGGCACCGUGCUUUUAGAUGUUCCAUGAAAGACAAAAUUUGUGCGAAGUGUAAGAAGGUAGGCCACAUUGCCACCGUUUGUAUGCAGGGGGGAAACAUUAAAACAGUUCAACAAGUAACGCAAUCCGAGGAUAAUGAUGACAUCGUUGAAGACGAUCAAUUUGAAAUGUAUACGAUUGGAAAUAUUUUUCACAUGCACGGCGUAAAAAGCGGAGGGAGUGGCAAGUUUAUGGUGAACAUCCAGGUGGAACAGAACAAUUGUGAAUUUGAACUGGACACGGGGGCAGCAGUUUCGACGAUGUCUUACCGAAAUUUUUUGAAGGUGUGUCCUGGGCUCUCGAUUUCCGACACAUCUUCUCGAUUGAGGACUUACUCUGGUGAGAUAAUUGAGCCACUGGGCACAUGUAAUGUUACGAUCAGUUUUGGAAACAAAGUAACCAUUGGGCGCUUAUUUAUUGUGGGAGAUGAUGUUGACUCUAUUUGCGGCCGACAGUGGAUUAGGAUCCUGGAUCUUCAUAAACGUCCGCUGAAUGACUUAGAAAUUCACGAGGUCACGGUCACGCAAGCAAAUUCCGAUGAAUUGUUGAAGUCGUUUUUGAAGGAAUUCGGCGAUGUUUUCGAUGAUAAAUUAGGUCGAAUUCCAACGAUGGAGAGCAAUUUACAAAUGCUAGAGAACACCGCACCAAAAUUUUGGAGAGCUCGACCAGUACCGUAUGCCUUGAAAGAUCGUGUGAACGCUGAAAUUGAUCGACUUGAGGCGAUGGGCGUGAUUGAAAAGGUUGUUCACAGUCAAUGGGGAACACCUGUGGUUCCGAUUGAUGACAAGUACCCCAUUCCCAGGAUCGAAGAUAUUUUUGCGAAAAUGAGCGGGGGAAGAUUUUUCUGUACACUUGAUGUCAGUCGCGCGUAUCUACACAUGCCUGUUGACGAACAUAGCGCAAUGUUGCAAGCAUAA